UGGGGGUGGGGGGGGUGCAGAAAAGUGUGGAAACAGCCAUAAAUAUACAUAUAAAAUGGAAGAGACUUGGAGAAGAAGGAAUCUUCGCUGUCUAAUUCCACAUUUGCUUUUCUUCCUCUUGUGUCUCAGACCUUCAUCAUCAGGUGAUCAGCCUCAAGAUGCUCAAGUGGCUGAAAGUACUUUCGGGAAUUGUACUGAGAAAAUUUUUUUGCCUUCCCCCUACGUGACUUGGAUCGGAUUUCACAGCAUCACGCUAAGCUGGACUCCUCUGAACUGCACCGAUGUGGUUUAUAUUCCCCAGUGGACCGGACCAACACUCUCUGGAGUUUGGACACACAAAGAGAAUGUAACAGAGCCAACAUACACAGUGGAGGAUCUGCAGCCAUUCACGCUGUAUAAGUUCAGGAUUUGGGCUGUGAUUUCAGAGACGUACACUGUUUCCCCAGAGAGCCAGUUUUACCAAACCGAGCCGUUUGGAGUUCCCACCAGUCCUGUGAUUGAGAGUGUGGAGAGUGACUCCGGAGUGUGUGUGGAUGUUAGCUGGUCCCCUCCAGAGAAUCCCAGAGGCUCCAUCGUGGGAUACAACCUCAACCUCACCUCCCACACACACAUCCUCACCCUAACCACGGCAGGAAAUGUCUUCUUCACCACAUUCUACCCAACACUUCAUAACAUCACGUACAGAAUUUCCAUAGCUGCCGUGAAUCGUGAAGGCCAGGGAGUGGCUGCUGAAGCAAGUGUGACCACACCACCUCAGCUGGAGCAAAACAGCGUUCGCUGGGUUUUUGCAUCCAGGAUGAAUUCACUGAGGAAACUGCAGGAGGAGGCAGAUUUGUUCACCGCAGCUGAGUGUCUCUCUGAUAGACUGAUAAUGGAGAACAUUACAGGAGUGGCUGUGUAUCACAACUCCAACCUCGUCUACUUCUCAGAGGGAACUCGGAUUUGGGAAAAGGGUGCAGGGAAUCUAACAGAUCACUCCGAUCUAAAACUCGUUCACUCAGACCAUGCUAAGAUCACAGCCCUGACUGUAGACUGGCUCUACAGAAAGCUCUACUAUGUCUCUGAUGGCAAGGUCCGCUAUUGUAAACUAGAUGACUGCUCGCAUCCAGUGGACUUUAACCUCACCUUAGACAGCGCUCCUACAAGAAUCAUCGCAGAUCCAUAUAAUGGAUGGCUGUUCUUGCUUCUGCAUGAUGGAAUACAUCGUAUUUCUCUUCCUGAAGUUUCUGAUCUCACAGACAACCUCACUCUCGUAGUAAAGACAGACUCCGUGCAUGACUUUGUGGUCAGUUUUCCCAACAGAAGGCUGGUUUUCUAUGACAGUGGGAAGCGCACACUGUCCGCUGUAUCUCUGGAUGGCUUGCUGCCUGUUUCUCUGUAUUCCGAAAUCAACUUCGAUGUUCAGAGUGUAGCGUAUGAAGUCGGUCUCCUCAUGCUGACAGAUGGUCAUGCUGUGUAUAAACAAACAGGAAACGGUCAAGUGGCCAUUUUUACUGAGUUCUCCAUGGACUGCAAUAUCUUCCACGCCAACUAUGGAGGAUUUGGAAACAUCCGCUUUUUUGGCCCGUCCUCCCAGCCGUAUCCAGUUCCCAGGAAGCCAAGGGACCUGCAAGUUUUGUUCGGAUCUGAUAAAGCCACUCUACGCUGGAACAAACCAGAAAUUCAGAACGGAUCAAGUCUUUCAGCUUGGCAAAACUGGACGUACUCGGUGAAUUGUUCACUGAAUGGAUUAGUAAUUAGUGAAAUUAGUCAUAUCGAUGCCACAUACACAACAGUGCCAGAUCUCCAGGGCUGUCAACAUUAUGUCCUGAGUGUGUGGGCUGUUUCUCCUGGUGGAAGCUCACACACAGUGAUGUUUCAGGGCACAACUCUCCAACCAGAGGAAGAUCCACCAUACAUUGCUGGUGCCACUGCUGCCGAAGGCAUCUGGAGACAACAGCUGGAUAGUUUCAUCUUCCUCGAAAUGCUGGCCUCUAGUGUCAAUGAUGUGAAAGACAUGGACUGGUAUAACAAUACAAUCUUUUGGAUGAACAGUUCAGGCCACAUUAGCUGGAUGGAUGUAGCUGAUCGCUCCUCUGCUCCUGAAGUGUUUCUAGUGUCUCCUAAUAUGGAAGCUCAUGCCAUAGCCUUUGACUGGCUGGGACAAAGUUUAUACUGGAGCUGCAACACGAAUAUGAUAUGCCGAGGUCGUUUAUCUAGCCCAGAGGCUGAGAUAUUUCUGAAUGUAAACCAAAAGAUCAAUAGCAUUCUUAUAGAUUCACCGAAUGCUUCAAUCUACUGGAGCACUGAAACCACACUGGAGGUUUGCAGGCUCGAUGGAGAGAAAUGCGACUUACUCGAAAAGCUGAGUGUCUUUUCAGGGACGAAGAUUGCUGGUAUCACUGCAGAUUGGAGUGAAAGCAGUCUGUACUGGCUUGUCGAGGACGGAUCCUUCUUACAUCUUUACAGAGCGCACAUCAGCAACAAGACAGUGCACCAUGUUCUCAAAUGGAGCAAAUCUACGGUAUUAAAUCAGCAGUUAGCCUUCUACAGCGGGCGGCUUGUGUGGCUGGAUGUGGAUGGCAAACUGAGAAUUCAAGAAUUGAACCAAACAGCGAGCGUCGUCAUGUCUCCAAGUAACACUCUAACAGCUUUCACUCUUCUGCAGAGAAUUUUAAAACCUCUUCCAGAUGGGUUUGUCUCUGCCCCGACUGUAAUCCCUUCUGCUGUUUCCAAAUCAUCUAUUCACCUCAGAUUGAAUGAAAUGGUGGUAAAGAUCGUCUGGGAUCCGAGCACCACUGAAUUUGGGACUAUGUUCUACUGUGUAGAGCUAAACGUAUAUAAAAAACAAACAGAAAAGAUUCAUUCAGGAAGCCAUUGUCCAUUACCCAACAGGGUCUCUGAACCCUUUACGCAAAUAAAUGAAUUCAAGCCAAACACCAAAAUUAAUAUCACAAUAACUCCAUAUACAUAUUGGGGUAGAGGUGACUCAACAUUUCAGACUCUCCUCAUACCAAGUGAAGACUCUGCAACAGAAACAAAUGCAGAAAUCACGCUGAGUGUCGUGAUUAGUCUUCUUAUAGUAAUUAUCAUCAUUAUUGGAGUGAUCAUUUACUUUAGAAGGCGAAGAAAAAAGGCACCAGAGACAGAUAUGGAGACUGACUUAGCCACUCAAGGCAGCAAAUUGGAGGAAAUUAGAGAGUUGGUGGGUUUGGGAAACGCCUGCUACGCGGUCAGUGCACUACCCAUCCAUAAAGAGAACGAGUCUCUUCCUGCGUUUCCUAGAGAGUGUCUGAAGCUGCAGAGGCUGUUGGGAAGUGGAGCUUUUGGAGAAGUUUAUGAAGGAGUUACCAUCGCAGAACACAACACCAGUGGAAUGCCUGAGACAAGAGUCGCUGUCAAGACGCUGCAAAAAGGAGCCAGUCAUCAGGAGAAAGUAGACUUUUUAAAAGAGGCCCGUUUGAUGAGCCAGUUUAACCACCCGAACAUCCUGCGUCUCUUGGGAGUGUGUGUGCUGAAUGAACCCCAUUAUCUAAUCCUGGAGUUGAUGGAGGGAGGAGAUCUGCGCUCGUAUCUGAGGGGAGCUCGUGCCACUUCUAAAAACGAACAACUUUUGACCCUAACCGACCUCCUGGAUAUCAGUGUGGAUGUUGCCAAAGGCUGUGCUUAUUUGGAGAGGCUCCACUUUGUUCACAGAGAUCUUGCUGCCAGGAACUGUCUUGUUUCAGGAAAAGCAUAUACAGACCCUAAUCGGGUGGUUAAGAUUGGAGACUUUGGUUUGGCGAGGGAUGUCUAUAAGAAUGAUUACUACAGGAAGAGGGGAGAGGGCCUGCUCCCUGUUCGCUGGAUGCCACCAGAAAGUCUGACAGACGGCGUUUUUAAUAAGUUUUCUGAUGUAUGGGCAUUUGGAGUGCUUCUGUGGGAAACUGUGACUUUAGGAAAGCAGCCAUAUCCUGCUUUUUCCAACCAGGAGGUUCUUCAUCAUGUUAAUGCAGGAGGACGACUGACGGCACCUGCUGAGUGUUCACAAAGCCUAUAUAAUGUGAUGCUGUCCUGUUGGAGGAAGGAGCCCAGGGACAGACCAAGCUUCCGCUCCCUUCUGUGGACUUUAGAGCAGUUAAGAGAGACUGAAACACGAAGCCAGGAUGGCAAAACUGGCCGUGUGAAUCCUGCUUACCAAGAAGACGAAAACGAGGAGAUUUCCCGAGGUGUGGAUACAGAUGAGGGUCUGGGAUCAGGACUUACUCAUGUUAUCAGCAAUGAAGGCCUGAACUAUCUGAUGUACCAUGCUGAUGACUUGGGGGACACAAACAGCAGCAGCAGUCGGACUGAGACUUCAUCACAUACAGAAGAUAGAUGAAAAGAGAAAGACGGACGGAGAAAUAAAGGACUUUGAUGAAAUUUUUUUUAUAAUAAUCAUAUGUUUUGUUUAAUAGUUUGCUAGACUUGCCUGAGACUGGGGUUUCAUUGUAACAGAGCUGUAUAUAAACACAUACAAUGCAUUCA